UUCAGCUUUGUAUGGUGUGUCCGCCAUGUUGAACAACUUAGAAGAGUCUUUGGCUGUGAUGACCUACGACUUCAAUGACCAAACUGUGGACAUGCGUCAGAAAUGAUUGCAGUAUUCUGAGGCACCAUGUGUGAUUCGAACACAUCCAUCACAAACAUGCCAGAAGCUGCAAGUCUGUCCAGUAGACGUGGUCUUCCCGAGGCCUCUGUCCCUCAACUUCCACCUCUGUCCAUCAACAGUCUCACUCAGGUUCAGCUGAAACAGUUGAUUCUAGUGCUUAUGAAGGCUGUGUCGGAUAAAGAAAUUGGGACAACCACGUCACAUCCAUGCUGGUGGCCACCCGACAUUCCGUGGGUGCCAACUUUAUCGCAGACUGCCAAAGGGUUCUCCAUUACUGACAACAUGAAGGCAGUUGUGAGAAGCUACUACCGUCAUCUCGGCCAGGAAAACAUGUUGUCUUGUGGCAAAGUGACAAACUGGAGGUUGUCACUGGCAAAAUUACAAGCACUGCAGUCGAGACAAGUGGAGCAGUUACAUGGUGCGAGGACAGGAAACAGUGGAAAAAAUAACGCCGGUCACAUUCCAUUUGUAGGAAUAUACAUAUGUUUUUUCUGCUCUGAAGAGUUUGUCAAUAAGGACGACAUGAGAAAACAUCAGUUGACGUGUGCCCUGAAGCCGGAGAAUCUCCAGUCCGUGGAGAGUCCGGAAAAAACACCUAGACAAAGUCCCGUCAAGUCUCCCGGUCUGCACAUCUUCAUACCACAGAUGACCGUGUCGGUCCACCAGUUCAUGCAGAAAUUGUACCUGGUGCCACUGGCGAAAGCUAAGAAGCUGCGUGAAAGUUGCCGCAAAAGUACUGAGGUGAACACGAUCGACUUCAGUGAUCCACAGAUUCCAGUCUCUCCCAGCACGCCAAAGACGCCCAAACUGUUGAUAUCUCAAGACAGUAGUUUCAGCAAGAGACGUCUCUCGCUGUCGUUUCAGUCGCACAAAGAGAACAUCAGCGACACCGAGAGUACCGCGUCGAGUGAGAAUGAAGAGCACGAAGGAAAACGGCGGAUCAGAAAGUCAACGUCGCUGUUCUCUAUCCCCGUCACGUCCGAGCUGGGAGGUCGUGUCUUGAAGCACAUGGUCUCUGAAACUUCCAUGCCGCAAGUGUUGACUAAUGCCGAGGAAUUCUGUAAAACUCCCAAGAAGAGCAAGUUUGCAGAUCGUUUGCGAGUGCGUGAAAAUGCAUUUCCAAUCAAUUACAAGCCAAGGAAAAGGUACAAGUUUCAUCAUUCUUACAAGUUUUCCAAAGCACAGAGAGAUGAGUUUUUGAAAACUGUCAACACAGGACUUGACAGAAAUAGUAGAAAACUGAUGAGCUCAUUGCCAAAGUGCAGCGUUCGUCUUGUUCCGCUCACACGAAGGCAAAUUAGAAAAUACAUACGUAAGUCGAAGAAAAAAUCUGACAAAUCUGUAGAUUCUCUGAAUCCUAUUGUUUCGAUUAGAAGACUGAAUGAGAGUUACUUUUUCCCAAGGAAACCAAUUCUCCUCUCUGAAAACAUUGAUAGAAUGCUUGGCUUGAGAAAGAAAAGAAAAAACGAGGCUGCAAAAUUAUCACCGAUGAAUGUGGUUUCCGAAAACACAAAUGUUGAUCUUCUCAAGCAGAAGGUUGUGGUCUACAGAAGUCUUCUUACAGAUCUUUCUCUGAGCACAGCUAAACAAAGGUUACAAUUUUCCAAGAAAUCUGAACGUCGGAUGAAGCAGAAGUCUGUAACAGUUGAACGGGAUAGUGCCUCCCAACUUAUUGCUUAUAAGUAUUUACAAGCAAAGAAAAGUCUACACUCUGCAGAAAAGAAGAACUGUGGCACUGUUUCUGUGAAAUCUAACUUUCCACAUCUGACGGAACUACUAGAAAAGAAACCCAUAUCCUCCUGUGCUUUGAGUCCAUCGUCUAUCAAUUCUAGUCCCGAGUCCGCAAAGUGUCUCGAUCGCCCUUUAAACAUAGAUAUUCCAUCUCCAGAGUCGUCGCUAACACACUUCCUGCUAAGCUGUGAUCACGACAAGCAGUUGAGAGAACAUUUAUCUCCUGACCGAAUUUCUAUAAUGACCGUGUCCUCGGAUGACUGCUCCUUGCACGAACAGUGCUGCAUGGGUUGUCAGUUGAAAAAACAGUGCAGGUGUACCACCAACCAAGUUAGUGAUAAAGACGACAAAGGAAAUGAAUCUGGAAAUGGUACUCCGUGUAAAAAUAACUUACAGAGUAUGAAGACUUUACCGUGUGAAAACGUUCUUGAAUUGCCCAAGAAAACUGAACAGACUAAGUCCUCUGUGCCUAAUGGUGUUCACUUGUCUGUUGGAAACAAGGUUCAAACAAGAAGCAGUAGUUUGAUCUCCUCAUCGGUAGCUAUGAAAAGACAGACAAGUGCACCAGCUGCAUCCAAUAUUUAUUCCUUGCGUUCCAAUCUGACCAGUAAAGUGUUGGUGGACUGGAGUAAUGAGCAAGACGGUGUGAAAAGAUUUAAGAGCUCUAAACAUCAACUACCUUCGGUAACACUUUCAUCUCCUCGUCUUGUUGAAUCAUGUGAAGAGGUGUUGCAGCCUUCUCUACCUGCAGAGUUGCCCGAUCUUAUCGAUGACAUUGGUGUUAAAAAUAAGACUCUUCGAUCAAAUUCAUCAUCAGUGAGUUUGACUUCACCAAGACAUUUGCCUACAUCAGACUCGCCUUCUAAAAUAUUGGCACGGCCAUCAACUAGAAAGAGUCCAACAAACACAGUACAUCAGUCGACAUCUUCAGACUUGUCUUCGACAUCAGCCACCUUGAAGCCAUCCCGAUUUAAAGAUCCCAGCAUGCAUAUGACUACACGGUCAAACAGUGGCAAGGAGGUGCUAGAAUCCGAUUGUCAGAAAACAAAAUCACAAGUCUCGGACAAAUCAUUAUAUCCUGUGGUGAGAAGUUUGAAGUUUGCCUCGCCGGCAGAAGACCAGGAUGAGAAGGAAAGUGUGGACAGUGUGGAUGAUGUGUUUGUUAAAGGGGACCAGUACACACGAGUGGAUGCAGAUAUUCUUUUAAAAAAUGUUCAGUGUGUGUCGCCUCUAUGCAAGCAGAAGCCGGUCUCCGUACACGUGGAAUCACAAGCUGUGAAGAGCAGUGCGCGACUUCACGUCCCAGCUGGUACGUGGACGCGCUCCAAGUCUGACAACUCUGAUGCAGCAUUUAAAAAAAGAAAGUUAGAUUUGUAGGUGCAGUGAUGGUGAAAACACUAAUAGUGACAAGUUGUACAGGUCUGUAGGUGCAGUGACUGCAAAAACAAUAGUGACAAGGUGUAAAGAUUUGUAGGUGCAAUGACGGCGAAAACACUAAUAGUGACAAGUUGUACAGGUCUGUAGGUGCAGUGACUGCAAAAACACUAAUAGUGACAAGUUGUACAGGUCUGUAGGUGCAGUGACGGCGAAAACACUAAUAGUGACAAGUUGUACAGGUCUGUAGGUGCAUUGACGGCGAAAACACUAAUAGUGACAAGUUGUACAGGUCUGUAGGUGCAGUGACUGCAAAAAUACUAAUAGUGACAAGUUGUACAGGUUUGUAGGCGCAGUGACAGCGAAAACACUAAUAGUGACAAGUUGUACAGGUCUGUAGGUGCAGUGACUGCAAAAACAUUAGUGACAAGUUGUACAAUUUAAUAAUUAGUAUUUCUAUCAUGAUUCUUGAAAUAAUUUGUCAUAAAAUAUUUACUAUUGAGAUGUAUGAAUAUUGUUGCAAUGAACUACUCAACUUUAACUUCGACUAUACUAAAUAUAUGUCAUGAUGAAACAAUAUGCACACAUCUUAAAUAUGUAUAAUGUGAUGAAUGAGACUGCGGUUUGGAUGUUCCAUCCUUCCAUCACUAUAGUAAUUCAUGACUACAGUUAGAUGUGUCAUCCAUCGAAUACAAUAAAUGUACUUUAUUUGACAUGUUUUUAAAAAUAUUGCUGUCGAAAGUUAAGUAGUAUAUGCCAUAUACUCUUCCAACAGACAUGACACAAGAUUUGAUUGUUCAGUUAAGUAAGGGAACUAACUCCAGUGAGUAGAACUGCUAGGAACAUUAUUAUUUUAUUUUUAAAAUAAAAUUUUUAUUGACAGGUCUUCUGUUUACAGAUCUAUAUCUACACACUCCCAGGAAAAUCAAGAACUUUUUUUUAUAUAUAAAGCUAUAUAGCACAAAAAUGUAAACAAAGAAGAGUU